UAGCACAUAGCGAUGGCAACAGUGUGAUUAAUACGCUUUUAAACCCCAAUUUCCACUCCAAUGGCGGGCCAUCUCUACGGCUUUGGAGCCGCACAAUCUGCUGCUGCUUCCGGUCUCUCCAGCAUCUACGCUGCCGCCGCCAAUUCCCGUGCCCUAACGGAGCCUUACUUCCCCGCCUCUCUGGCCUCCUCCGAUCCCUCCAACUACCCCGCCGCCGCCGCCAUGUUUCUCUCCCACACCGAUCCCUAUGCUUCGCAUUUGACCUCCCUCGCUUCCUGGCACUCCGCCGCCGACGACAACUCCGCCGCCGGCAUCAAACGCUCCUCUGAAGCACUCUAUCAUCCGACUGUUUUGGGUGCCCCUAAUACAAUUGGGCAAAGUGAAGCUUGGUAUUCUACAACCGCUUUGGCCAAGCGCUUUAAAUAUGAGGGUGCAAGCAAUUUGCCUAUAUAUCCACAGAGGCCAGGAGAGAAGGACUGUGCCCACUAUAUGCUCACAAGAACCUGUAAAUUUGGAGAUAGCUGCAAGUUUGACCAUCCUAUUUGGGUUCCUGAAGGUGGAAUCCCAGAUUGGAAAGAGAUACCACCUAUUGCUAGUGAAGCACUUCCUGAGAGACUGGGGCAGCCAGAUUGUCCAUACUUUCUGAAGACUCAAAGAUGUAAAUUUGGUUUGAGAUGCAAGUUUAACCAUCCAAAAGAUAAACUGGCUGCUGAAGGUGCUUCAGAAAAUGGUGACGUCACUGGCUUACCGGAGAGGCCUUCUGAAGCUCCAUGUGCUUUUUACUUGAAGACUGGAACAUGCAAAUUCGGUUCAACGUGCAAAUUCCAUCAUCCAAAAGACAUCCAGUUACCAUCAGCUGGGCAUGACAAUGGAUCUAGCCAACAUGAAUCAGCUAAGAAAGAGGGAACAGCUGGAGAUUCAAAUGUUUUGAAAUCUUGUGUUUCAUUCAUCCCAGCAAUAUAUUACAACACCAAAGAACUUCCUAUAAGGCCGGGUGAACCAGAUUGUCCAUUCUACCUUAAAACUGGCAGUUGCAAGUAUGGUGCCACUUGCCGGUACAAUCAUCCUGACAGGCUGGCUUCUUCAAUUGGCCAUGCCAUUGUAGCUUCUCCGGCAGCUGGUCUGAACAUUGUCAAUUCUGUUGCUUCUCUAUAUCAGACAAUUGACCCCAGAUUGGCUCAGGCAACGGUGGGAGUGGGCCCAAAUGUUUACCCUCAACGCCCUGGACAGCUUGAAUGUGAUUACUAUAUGAAGACUGGGGAAUGUAAAUUUGGUGAGCGAUGCAAGUUCCAUCACCCCAUGGAUCGGUUAGCAUCAACGCAGUUAGCCGGGCAAGCUCAGCAACAAAUUGUUAAGCUCACUCUUGCGGGUCUCCCUAGGAGAGAGGGUUCUAUAAUCUGCCCGUACUAUUUGAAAACCGGAGCAUGCAAGUUCGGGGCUACCUGCAAGUUUGAUCACCCGCCUCCUGGUGAGGUCAUGGCAAAGACAACAUCACAAGGAAUAGCAGAAGGGGAAGCAGGCAGGGAUGAAGAGAAUGGGGGUAGAUCCAUCCAGUGACGACUGCCAUGCCCUUAAAGAAUUAGCUCUACUAAGCUAUGUUGUUUUGCUAAUCCCUCAUGUUUACUGUAUUUGUGUGAUCCAAUUAGUAAUUCUUGUAUGUUUUGUACUCUAGGCUGAUCUGGUCCUAUGCAGUUGAUUGUUUGAUUAAAGAAGCUUAGUUUAUGGUAAGCUAAUGUUUUGCAUGUAACAGUAUUCUUGUAUUCGGGGGACAGCUUUACUCUCGAUCAUCCUACAAGUGUGUAAUGCAAGUGUUUUUUUUUAAGACUU